AUGGAUUCUACUGAGAAGAAAUCUGGUGAUGUCGAGUCACUGGAUCUCAUCAUCGUGGGGGCAGGAAUCUCGGGGAUUAACUGUGCAUACCGGCUUCAGACAAAGCUACCGCAAGUCACGUUCACCAUUUUCGAGAAUAGAACAAGCAUUGGAGGCACGUGGGACUUGUUCAAAUAUCCAGGCAUCAGGUCCGAUUCGGACCUGCACACCUUUGGCUUCUCCUGGCACCCAUGGCCUCAUCCGAGUCCGAUCGCAGAAGGCGACUUGAUCAUAUCCUACAUGAAGGAAUCCGUGGCUGCCCACAGCCUAGACAAGUACAUAAACUUCAAGCACAAGGUGGUAUCUGCAGAUUGGUCGUCCAAGACGAACAGAUGGACCGUGGCUGUCGAAAACGAAGGUGUCACGAAGCGCUACACAUCAAGAUUCAUGGUGCUCGGCGCCGGGUACUAUGACUACAAUCAACCGCUCAAGGUCGAGAUACCAGGGCUCUCAAACUUCCGUGGCAAGAUCAUCCACCCUCAGUUCUGGCCGACAGACUACGAUCAUACCGACAAGAAGAUAGUUGUCAUUGGCAGCGGCGCCACCGCUAUCACGUUGAUACCAGCUCUGGCCAAGACCGCCGCCCAUGUCACCAUGCUACAGAGGAGCCCGUCAUACAUCGUGUCGCAGCCCCAGCAGUGGUCGAGCCCAUGGACCGGCCCGAAGUGGAGCCACAAGAUAUGGCCUCGUUCCAUCUUGGGGACCAUCAAGCGGCUCUACUUCAUGUGGACGACGCAUUGGUUCGCGACACUGUGCAGGUGGUUCCCCAAGCGUAUGAAGGAAAUGGUCAAGAAGGCCACUCUUGUACAGCUGCCGCCGCGACUCAAGUGGGAUCCCCAUUUUAGCCCAGCGUACUACCCCUGGCAACAGCGGUUGUGCCUGGCCCCAGAUGGCGAUUUCUUCAAGGCUCUACAUACGCCCAAAGCCGACGUAGUGACGGGCCACAUUCGCACGGUCACCGAGGACGGCAUCGAGCUCACCGAUGGUACGAAGCUCGAUGCCGACGUGGUCGUUACGGCCACGGGACUACGCAUGCUAUUCGGUGGUGGCAUCCCCCUUCAGGUAGAUGGCGAGCGGAUCGACACGGCAAAGCAGAUCUUGUGGAACGGAGCCAUGGUUCAGGACAUUCCGAAUCUGUUCUACAUGAUCGGCUACACCAACGCCUCUUGGACCCUAGGCUCUGACGAGACCGCCUUCAUCAUCUGUCGGUUGUUGAAGUACAUGGAGCGCAAGGGGAUUCAGGUGUCGGUGCCUCGAGCACCAAGGGAUCAUCAGAUGAAACCACGCUCGUCAUGGCAGCUCACAUCGACGUACGUCAAAGCUGCCGAGGAGAGGUUUCCAAAGAGCGGCGAUCAGGGCCCAUGGAGACCGAGGAGGCAUGUCCCGAAUGACUGGGCUCACGCAAGAUGGGGCAAUAUUACGGACGGACUGCAUUUCACGGCCUAG